UUAGGUCGAGGCGAAGGAGGUGUCAUAUUAACUGGUGUAAACCAUGUCGAUUUAUUCGUGACAAGUGACGUGAAGGAAUUCGAUGGAAAUAUAACAUGACAAAAACACGUAAUUUAUAUUAUUGAUAAUAAUAAGCACUUCUCCGCAGAGAGAGAAAGAGAGACGACUGUCUUGUACAAUGGCUGAUAAUAAUUUAGCGAAAGUUUUCGCAGCCGAGGACUUCAACCCAGAUGAAUUUGUAAAGGAACUCAGUGCACAAUGCAUUGGUGCAGACGAACUGAGGCAACAGCGUGCAAAAAUACAGGAACUGGCAAAUAAUACAUCUGCUCAAUUGAAACGAAAUGUCUAUCAAAAUUACAUGCAGUUUAUCGAGACUGCCAAGGAGAUCUCGCAUCUGGAGAGCGAGAUGUAUCAAUUAUCGCAGCUUUUGAGUGAACAGCGUGCUUUGUUAAGUAUGCUAGGAUCUACCAGAACAGCGGGUGUUGUCUUUGAAGAUUUGUCCGAAUCGCAGCAAGAGAACUCAGCUAAUUCUGUAUCUAAGGAAGAGGAACAAAAGCAAAAACUUAUUCAAUUGAUUGAAAAUGUUGAAGGAGCUCUGAGUUUAGCUGAAACUCCAGGACGUGUGUGUUUACAUGAAGGUUCUCUGCUUGAAUUAGAUCCUAUCGAGGGAACACCAUUAAAGAGAAUUCAUGCAUACUUAUUCAAUGACGUUUUAAUGAUCGCAUCGUGGCUAGCGAAUGGCGGCAGGCGCGGCCCACCCAGAUAUAAAAUGCAGGCGGUUUAUAAUCUUGAAAGCCUGGCAAUUGUCAAUGUGAGGGAUCAUGGCACAGUUAAGCUGGCCUUCAAACUGUUGGCAUUUUCCGACACAAGGGUGUUUCAAUGCCCUACAGCGACAAGUAAAAAAGAGUGGUUAGAUAAGUGCGAGCAAGCAAAAAGAGCAAAGCUAGCAGAGGAGAAUUCGGUUGAUAACGCGCUGGAUAACGAUAAACAUUCAAAAGAAGAUAAAGCAGCGCCGUCUCGUUCGAUGUCUUUGGAUUCGAAUACAGGGAUGGACGACGACGACGAUUCGGAAUAUCACGAACCGCCUCCGGAGUGGGUGCUGGAAGUAGCCGAGGAUCUAGAUUCCUGCAUAGCGCAACGACACUUUGAGGAGGCUUAUAGUUUAUUAGAGAAAGCAAAGGCCUAUCUGAAGGAUGCUCAACCGAUACCGCUAUUGACAGAAAUACAGACAAAGGUGAACGACAGAGGUCGGUCGCUGGUGAAUGUAUUGACCAAGGAACUGGAAUUGAGCGCCGAAGCAAAAUCGUUGCAAGGGGGUGGUUUGAGAAGCGCACGACGUACGGUUAAGCUCCUGAUACAGUUGAAUAGGAGUGCUCAAGCAUGCCAUUUGUAUCUACGAUUAUGUAGCGCAGUGCUAAAGGCACGACUGAAUAGGAUUAAACGAGAAAGCACAACCGUGGCUUAUGUAAAGCAACUCAGCGCGAUUGCUUUUAGCAAUAUAAUGGAAAUAGCGAGAGAAUUCUUAAAAACCUUCCCUCAAUCUACAAACUGUACUUCUGGUUUAAUUGUAUGGUGCAGCCAAGAGGUGAAGCACUUAACAUCACACUUAGCUGAGCAGCUUUUUGUACCGCAAGUCACGCUAAGCAUAUUGGUAGAGUGCAUUGUCGCUGUUCGAGGUCAUUGCGAUCAGUUAACUCAGCUGGGUAUGGACUUUCGUUACCAGGUAGAUGGACAAAUUAGAUCUCCAUUAGCCAAAGCCAUCCAAGAUGCAGGAGAGGGUUACAUCGAUACGAUAAAGCGUCAUAUAGCAGAGGAUACUUGGCGACCGACAAAUCUGGAAACUAGUCAGAAUUUACAAAAACUAUUAUCGGAGCUAGAUGAGCUUGGUAUCGGCAUACCGUCGUCGUACGCGACAAAUGACUGUUGGAUAUCGCUGACACACAACAUAUUAACCUUCUCCAAAAUUUAUGUCAGUCUAUUAGAAGAUUGCCUUAGUGUAGCCAUACCUGAACUUAUGUCUACAAUAGAUAACAUACUUGUAUCCGUGAUGCGGGUCGAAGUUCAACAUUUGAUUGUCUCGCUUACAGAUCCAAAGUUGAAGCAAGAGCGAAAAUUAGUACAUAAUAAUGCAGCGUAUGUGCGAGACAUUAUUAUCGGCCGAGGGAUGGAACUGUACAAAUCCGCGACAAAUCAGAAAUUUACGAAGCUGCUUACGCUGAAAGAACAAAUUGUAUUCGAAUCUCCAUCGCCUACAAAGCCGAAACCGGCUCCGAGGACAUCAGUUCCUAAAUAUUCCACCACAGAAUACCUUUAACUGAAAUAAGGAUGUUGCAUCACUUGAUUUAUAGGCGAAGAAAAAUAUCAGAAAUAAAAACAAAAUAUUCGCAUAUGUUCACACAUAUGUACAUUAUAUGUAUGCAAUGUGUGGAACAAUGUAUUAUAUUGUACAUAAGAAAUCAAGUUUCUUAGAUGUAGUAGAUACAUGUAUAAUGAGAUGAAAUAGAAGUGAUUUGUUGCUUCACUUCUAAUGCAGAUAUACAUUAAUUGUAAUGCCAUUAUAGAACUCGUAAGAUGCUUGAAUGAACAAGUAAACUCGGAAAUUUAAUAAAAUAGAUUAUCAUGUGCGAUUUCUCUAGGUAUGCAUAUAAUGUAAUAAUCUGUAAUAACUGUAACAUCUAGUGUGCUGUAUUAUUUACAAUCAAUUGGAUAUAGAUAAUUUAUGUAUACCUAUGAUUAUUUAUAUAAUAGCACUAUUUUGUACUGUUGUCGCUGCAAUU